AUGACUUGCCACCAAAAUAACGCUGCAAAACAAGAUCUUCAGUGUCCUAUUACUGAGAAAUUGGAUGAAGAUGAGGAAGGAGUUUGUGGUUUAGGGUUAAAAACAGGGAAACCGCUCACAUAUCAAGGAAGCAUAUUCCACCGAGUUAUUAAGGGUUUUAUGGUGCAGGGUGGUGAUUUCAGUAAUAGAGAUGGUACAGGGGGUGAAUCGAUAUACGGUGGAACAUUUGCUGAUGAGUGUCUGACGAUUGAGCAUGAUCGACCAUUUUUGCUAUCUAUGGCAAACCGAGGACCUAAUACGAAUGGCUCACAGUUUUUUAUUACCACUGCUCCUGCGCCUCAUCUGAAUGGCAAACACGUAGUGUUCGGUCAUGUAAUAUCUGGGGAGGAUGUUGUCAGGAAAAUUGAGGCUGUCCCAAUAGCCGACACAAAGGCUCACCGUCCAGUGAAGUCCAUUGUUAUUGAGACCUGUGGCGAACUUAUCCCCGUGAAAAAGGGGAAAAUAACAAGUGAAGGGAAAAAAAAGAAGGCCAAAAGGGAAAAGAAAAAGAAGAAGCGAAAAAUGAGUGAGGGUGAGGAGACUUCUGAUAGUGAAAGUAACAUGGACAAUGAGUGCAGUGUUCGUAAAGAAGAAAUCCCUGAAGUUCCACCUCCAAAAUUUCUAUAUCGUGGGAACUACGAAGAAGAUCAACUGGAAAUGCAAAAAAAAACGGAACUCAGUCCAAGUCUUUCAGCGCGCCUCAGUAAUCACUCAACCGAGUCCAGACAUGGUGUGGAUAGCAGUCGUGAAAGUGUUCGGAGUCGAUAUCAAGAGGACCGUUCGGGUCGAGUUGUCAAGGGACGCGGUCGAAUUUGUUACCAAAGCCCCAAUUCUCGUUCAGGGAGUCCUGGACGUAGCACUACACCACCACAUUGGCGUCAAGCAAGUUUUCACACUCAAAGGCUAGACCAAGAUGAAUGGAAACAAUGGAAUGAACGGAGAAACCAUGAACAAAUGAAUAAUUUACAGAGAAGAGUAUCUUCAUCUCAUUCAUCUCGUGGAAGCCGACAUGAUCCACCGUCUCCCUCCAUGGCUGCCAGUCGUAAUAGAAAUCCAAGUACUUCACCACCUUUCGUACCCAAUACUGAUGUUUCGAGUAGUAUAAGAAGAGCUGACUCUUCCGAAAAGGAACUCUCAACAGGUCAACGGGAUGGUCGUAAACGGCGUUCUCCUAGUCAGUCACCAUUAAUAACUCAUCAGGCUAUUGUAAAUGAUUCCAAGUUAUUGGAAAAUGGUUCGUCACCAACACCAAAUCAUAUAUCGCCAACCUCAUCGGCACAAAAAAGGAUUUGUGUUGGGUACGCGGAGUAUUCGAGCGUUAAGUUAAAUGACGGAUCCAAAAGACAUUCAGCUGACUCACCAAAAACAUCCCAUACUAGUCAGUCUCCUACCAAGUAUUCUGGAUCCCCAAACUUGAAAUCCCCACAACAGUUAAUUAUUUCUCCAGCUCAUUCAUCAGCUUCUAGUCAACAGCAAAAAUAUGGAUCAAAAUCACCUAUUCUUCAAAUGCUUUCUCCGAAACCCGUUACAUCUUUAGAAAACCAAGCUCCUUCAGAAUCACCCAUUGCCGCUUCGCCUCCUACUCAUGGUCUUUAUUCAUCUCCUCUAUCCGUCAUCGGUUCUGAUAACCGAUUGCCAUCACCACCACCUAGUCAGAACCCACAAAAGUCUCCGUCUCCGGAUCUAUUACGUAAAAGCGAGGUUUCUCCUCAACUUCCUGUUAGAAUACCAACGCCACAACCACCAGCUAAUGGUGACAAAAACAAAGAAUUUGCAGCCGACUCAGGAUCGCCUAUGGCAGACAAGAUUCAGUCACCUGAGAAAUCUAGUAAACCCCAUCUAGAUAAACCAUCAAAAGUAACUCAUGGCUCUCGGUCCGCUUCACAGAGUUCAUCAUCUUCAGGUUCCAGAUCGGAUUCAUCCUGUGAAUCUGGUAGCUCUAGGUCACGUUCUCGAUCCCGUUCACGAUCUCAGUCCCUAACAAGUCCUAGAACCCGACGUCGACAAGCCCCACGCAGUCCUCCUGCUCAUCUUGUAGAAAAAUGGAAAAUGCGUCGUGAAAUGUUGAACCAAAAGCGUCGUGUUGUACCACCGUCUGUGGCAGCAUAUGCACCUUCUGGAUCUUCAGAAGAUCGCUUGCGACGUCAUGUACCGGGAAGGAGUGCUCAUAUACAUUCCAGAUCGCCGUCGCGCUCCAUUACCAGUCGUCGAAGAAGUCGGUCCUCAAGUUCUCGUUCCAAAUCAGGUUCAUACUCUCACCGACGUACUAGAUCAAAUGUAAGGCGUGGUUCUCCUGAAACAGAAAGUGUCCGCAAUCGAAAAAGAAGUAUAAGUCGCGAUCGAAAAAUAUCUCAUUCGAGAUCUCGUAGUCGCUCGCCUGUUAAAGGUUAUGGAUUAAAACACAGAGGCACUUCGCCUAGCAAGCCUAUCAUAGUAAUAACUAAGAAGAGUCAAAACACACAAAAACCUCCAAAAAUCGUUGCCGAAGACCCACCCGUUGAAGACAUCCCUACAUCAAGUAAGUGGGAGAAAUCUCCUCUUAUUGUAGAAGAAAGUACAAAUCAGCAUCCAGCAGUUCCAUGGACCAGCAAACAUUGGCAAACAGAUGGUAAAACGGAAGUUGACGAACCUAUAAAUAAGGAUGGAAAGAUCUUACCUGAAAAGAUUCAAUUGGCAAAUAACAGUUCAGUCUUGCAGAGGCUUCGUGUUUCUCAAGAGGAUCCUUCUAAUAUCGAAAUACCCCCAGACAAAAGUGAGAAUCCUCCAGCUGUAGUUAAUGAUAGUAAAACUAACAAAAUAGAAAAUCUAACUGCUGCUUCUACUGAAACUGCACCUGUUUCGAGUGUGCCAACCAUGAUUAAACCCCAGGUUCCACCAAUAUCUAAAAAUCAGAUUAAAAAGCCAACUGCAAUCAGAGGAAGAUCUCAUUCAUCUAGUUCUAGUUCUUCUUCUUCUUCCUCUUCAUCUGGAUCUUCAUCAAGAAGUUCUAGCAGACCUAAGCGUUCUCGUCCGCGAUCUCGAUCCAUAAGCUCUUCUGCUCGCAAAGUUCAAAGGAGUGACUUUUCAGACUCAAGAAGCAGAGGCAGGGGUCGUUAUUCACCAGUUAGUCGCUCUUACUAUACGCGAUCACGUUCUCGUUCAUUUUCAACAAGAGCCUCAACAAACUGGGGCACGCGUACCAGUUAUCCAAGUCGAAAUCGGUCGUGGUCUAGAUCUCGUUCCCGAUCAUUUUCUAGAGACUCUCGAUCCCGUAGCUCGAGUAUUCGUCGACAUAAGCGUCGCCACAGGAGGACGCGUCGUGGUAGAAAUUCAAGCCGUAGUUGGUCAUCAUCCAGGAGUUCCAGUAGAUCAAGACGACGCUAA